AUGUUUGCAUCGAUCUUGACUCUAGCCACGUUGGCACUUGCGGCCAUCGCAUCUUGGGACGGCAAUAUCAAUUUUCAAAGCCCAUCGUUACAGCACCGAGAUCUGGGUCUCGAUGUAGCCAAGAUCCAGAAGCGUACUGGUCUUGUUGCGAGGCAAGACGUAAACUUCACGGACAGCCAGCUCAACUUCACUCACGGCGUGGCUUCUGGCGAUCCAUACCCACACUCAGUCAUUCUUUGGACCAGACUUGCUCCAAGUCUUGCUAGCGAUCAAUCCAACGUCACUGUGUCUGGUAAUGUACCAUUCUACAACCACGACACUGAAGAAUAUAUCCAAGCUUCGAAGCACAAAGUCUGUGCACAAUGGCGCAUUGCUAGCGAUGCAAACUUCACCCAUGUGAUUGAUCAUGGCACUGCUUAUACCACGUCUGAUAUCGAUUUUACCAUCAAGGCAAACAAGUUGCGCCCGUUCACUACCUACUACUACCAGUUCACUCAAUGCGGUACCAGCAACCACUCUCCAGUCGGCCGCACCAAGACAUCUCCCGAGGCACACCAGAAGAUUGACAAGAUUAGUCUGGCCGUUUACUCAUGCUCGAACUAUCCUAAUGGCUACUUCAAUGCAUACGGAAAUGCUGCCCGCAAAGAUCGUGUUGAUUAUGUUGUCCACUUGGGUGACUACAUCUACGAAUCCAGCGUCGGUGUGCAGGGCCGUGAUGCUCGCGCUACUAACCCCAGCCGGGCUCUUUUGACACUGUACGAUUACAGAACCAGAAUUGCUCAAUACAGGACCGAUGCCGACUUGCUACUCUCUCACCAAAAGUUCGCAUGGAUCGCAACAUGGGAUGACCAUGAAGUCGCCAACAACGGAUAUCGCGAUGGUUUCAGCGCCAUGAACAACACCGAAGACUCUUUCAGCCGUUCGGGUGGCGUCAGCGUCGAUCAACGCAAGAUGAAUGCUGUUCGUGCUUACUUCGAGUGGAUGCCCAUUCGUCAGGUCAACAUGGACGACAACCUUCGGAUCUGGAGAAACUUCCAGAUGGGUACCCUUCUCGAUUUGACCAUGCUUGACACUCGCAACUACGAUCGUUCUAUCACUGAUCUUAACUGGAACACAGAUUACAUCUACGACAUCCACAACGAUGCUGGCCGCUCGCUCAUGGGCUCUCAGCAAGAAAACUGGUUCUACAAGACUCUGAUCUCAAGCAAGAAACGUGGUGCAGCCUGGCGCAUCAUCGGCAACCAAAUUGUCUUCAGCCGAAUCAACAUCACAUCCUGGUUUGGCACAUUUGAGAAUCCCUACAAUGAGGACCAAUGGGACGGCUAUCAGGCGAACCGUAACAGAACCUUCCAGACACUUUAUGAUCAUGACAUCGGAAACAACAUCAUGCUCGCUGGCGACUCUCAUGCUAACUGGGUUUCUGACUUGGUCUGGUUGGACGAACAUCCCUACGAUUCUGCUACAGGUAAGGGUGCCGUGGGUGUUGAAUUUGCUGGUACGGCAGUCACAUCUUCAGGAUUCGGUGGCACGAUCAGAUCUGCCAACAAUCAAUCUUCAACUCUUGUUCGCGACAAUUCUGAGCUGCAGUGGAAUGAAGGAUACUACAGAGGCUACUUCGAACUGCAAGUAGGCUAUGAUGCUGUGCAUGCCUCGUACUAUGGCAUGCCCACAGUUGCCACUCGAAACCCACUCGAGAUCAGCUUGGCUAACUUCACUGUUGUCAAUGGAGCAAACAAGCUUCAGCGACCUGUAGCAGGAGGGAAGGUGGAGAGCGGAUUCAUCAAAACUGGACACGUGCAGAUGACCAACUUGACGUACAACACGCAGAACCAGUCCUGGGCUGUGAGGGAUGACUUCAACCAGAUGUUCAUUUCAUACCCGCGCACAACUUGA